AUGGCUAGCAUCGGCACGCUAUACUCUUACCUGCCAAACGCACGAUGUCUCAAGAUAUUUGCCGCCGCCAAAAUAAAUGGCGUCAAUAUUGAUACGGCGGCGGAUUACCAGCAUAUGGUAACUAAUAAGACGCCCGAGUUUGUGUCUAAAUUCCCUAUUGGCAAAGUCCCCGCCUUCGAAGCCUCCGACGGGACAACCAUUGCCGAAUCUGACGCGAUUGCGCAAUAUGUGGCAGAGUCAGGGCCCAAAUCAGCGCAGUUGCUUGGAGCCGAUGCUCGUGAGAGAGCCAGAGUUCGUCAGUGGAUCAGUUUCACCGAUAACGAGGUUUAUGGAAACAUGAUGACUGUGGUUCUCAGUCGGGCAGGAUUCGAGCCUUAUGUCCCCGAAAAGGACGGGGCGGGUGCCAAGGGACUGGCCUUUGGUUUGGGAGUUGUCGAGAAACAUCUUACGGGGCGGGAGUGGCUUUCAACGGACCAGUUGAGUUUGGCUGAUCUAACGCUGGCUGCUGCUCUGUACUGGGCUUUCAUGCACUAUCUUGAUGAGGACAGACGGCGGGAGUAUCCGGUUACGACGGCGUGGUACCUGCGUGUCAUCGGCGCCGAAGGGGUCAAGGAGGUUUUUGGGCCACCGAACCUGGUGAAGGCUGCCAAGGAAUUCUAG